CUCUCUCUCUCUCUCGAUGUUACUCUCCCGCAUCAUCUGGUAUCUAGAGCCCAGGUGUGCUUCCAUGGGCAGAGGCCAGCAUCGGUGUCCGUGGCCGACGUCUCGAAGGCGGUACUCAAUCGGCAGUUUCCGCAGUAGAAAAUCAUCAUUCAAAUCCAGAACUUCUGUGACAUGGUCACGAUGAUGCACCUCCAUCAGUAUGUUCAGGAGCACCAACUCACCGAUCUGUAACAUUCUCUCGCAGAUCUGGCCAUACUCAAUGCUCGGCAUGAGCAACUUCAACAGACUUGUCUUGAGGAGCUUCGUUAUCUAAAAACCCAACCCACCACCCACUACAGCCCAUAUGGAGUACUUCUUCGCCACAGCCUAUCGCUACCUUCCACCCGUCGAAGACCCCUUCCGCCGCCUGUCAUUUGUCCUUUUCUCCCACCACGUCACCAUUCCACUCCUCUUCCAACCUCGUUGCUUACUUACCCACCCUCAAAUAUUUACCCCAGCUACAUGCCAUUUCUCCCUCUUCUCAACCGCCCCCUCCACCGACCUUAUUUACACCAGCGCACCCUCGCCGCUGUUUGGCACAGCUUCCUCGUCCCAACCGUCUAUCCUUUAUUGCUCCAACCACCCAAUCGUUCCAAAGCUUCUCCACUUCCUCUUCAGCCUUCACAUUACCAACAUUCUCCCCUCUUUUGAAACCCACAACCCCCACUCCCACCACCGCUGCUCCUCCAUCAACAUCUGUUUUCAGCUUCUCCUCAUUCGGAACGCCGACUUCCUCCACUUCGCAAUCCUCCCCACCUUUCUCCGCUCUGUUUCUUUAUACUCUCACGCCCAUCCUAGCCCCGCUGCAACAAUGGCUCCAAUGGUAGUCCCUGUAACUGCUACAGCUCAGACAUCGACAUCACUUGUUGCUGCUUGUACACGUGGGACAACUUCAAAUGUUAGCACUACGCUAUUUACUACUCCAAAAUUACCGUCUGAAACCAACGCCUACUCUGUAGGAUCAAGCUUGUGCUCCUACUUUCAUGCUGACGGUCUUGUCAAUACCGUGCUGGUUAAUCAUGUUGCACCAUCUCACUUGAAGGGUUACUUUCAGACUUGCAAUGAUUGUCGAGUUUUGCCACCGUUGGGUACCCCGAAUGAUGCGAUGGAAAAACUCCCUCCUAAGGUGGAUGUUCUUCAGAUUGCCCACCCAAUCCACCCACCUAAGGAACCAGACAAGGGCCGCCGUUGUCAGGUACCAAUAUUGUAUUCUCCACUACGAAAGGCACGGUUGCAUUUGGAAUUUAUUCCACAUUAUAUGACCUUUGCAAUGAUUGUGUUUAAUUCCUAUGGGAGUAGAAGAAACCCACGAUGUGUUUGACAAAAGGCAAAAGAGAGAAAUUGCCCAGAACUAUGUGCCUCACCGUUUAUUCCUGAUUAGAAAUGUUGCGUGUGCUAUUGAACCCAUUUUGGUUUUUCAAACUACCUUUUUGACUCGCACUUUUGGAUGGGUGAGUCUGUGCAUUGUGGAUAGUUUUGACCUGCAUGAACUAUACAACCAGUAUAUUAAUUCCAAAUUUGGAGAACCUAAUGAGUACUUUGCUUACCUUGAUACUUUUUCACAACCACAAAAGAUUCCUCGCAAGCUGAAGUCGUCAAGGCAGUACAGGUAAUAUAUGGAAAAUCUACUCGCAUAUCUGAUAUAUUUUUUCCAGAGGACAUCCUUUUUAAGAUCUUGACAGGAUAUUUUUGAAGGUUGAAACUGAAUUUGAAGAGUAAUGGGCACCUGGUAAGGUAAAAGGAUGGGAAAAUAAGAAGCAAGCAAAUGGGCAUGUUCAAGAUCAGCUUACUAUGCUCGAUCUUGAUUAUUCUAGCAUGGUGGAAGAACUUAUGGCAGUGGGUUCAGAAAAGCUAAAGGAGGCACUAGCAUCGUUAGGACUGCAGACGGGUGGUACUGUUCAGCAUGCUGUUGAGACCACUUUGGAUUCUCCCAUGACCUUGUUGACGGGCACGUUUGCUGGGGUAAGUUUGUGUUCUAGGGAUACUUUUUUCAGGAUGAUUGGGAACGCACCGAAGUGGGAAUUUCCUGGUAGAGGUUCAAUGAUUUGUUCUACAAUUUGGAACAAUAUUUGAACUCUGAUGGCCAAUGGUAUUUUCUCCACUUUCAUGAGUGGUUUGACUAAAGUAAUUUCCACUUUUACUUUAUCUAGACAUAUGAUUGAUGCUAUGACAUCAGUUUGUUUAGUUCUCUCCGAUUGCUCCACUUGUGCUAUAAAGUUUAUACUUGGCAACCCACUUAGUGUAUUUCCUACUCUAUAUUUUCUGGAGUACCUGCUUACAAACACAAUUGGCAGCCAACUGCUUCAGGGACAAAAAAGGAAGCACACUGAAAUUUCCAAUGAUAGUCUGGUGUUACUUUCAAGAUGGUUCUGGACAUCUAUAAUUAGUACAUCAAUGCCGAUACAGGGAAGUGUUUUGAGCAGCCACUUCUUUGUAGUUGUUCUUUCCCAAGAUCAUGUGAUAGGGCGAGCUGUCCCUAACAGUAUGGUAGCGGUAAAACCAACUGCAGGACAUCCAGUGGUUGCUGGCACUCCUACUUGGGCUGCUAAUGCAUAUGCAGGACUUGAUGCAACAGCUGAUCAGAUUCAACUUCUCAAGUUAAUAUUCUGUUAUCUUCUCCAUUGCAUCAUUCACCAUGAUCCAAAGCUCAAGCCCUUUCGCCAUUCUAGGGAUGAGAAAACAUUGGAGGCCAUUGAAUUUGGACUCUAUGCUUGUUCCGUACAACCAACCAAGCAAUUGAUCACUGUUGUAGAAGAUACAUGUUGUCUAGCCCCUCGGAUUAUACAAAGAUCACAUGGCACAAAUACAUAUAUGUAUUGUGUUGGCUUGACCAAUAUAGUGGAAAAGCUAAGGUGUGGGGAACACAUAUGGCACGUGGACUGCAAAGACCUUCUACAAAGCCACUGCAAACUCAUUAUUAUUCCAGUGGCCACAUAUUUGAAUGCUAACAGUGAUUUGGAAUUCAUUGCUCCACCGUUUGUAACUUCGGUUUGCGGCUCAUAUGAGUUUGAAAGCUAUUUUCCAGAAUAUCUACAUUUAUUCAAGGCUCUUGUUGCUCUACACUUUCAGUGGUAUCAUGUUUUUGCAACUGUUGUCUCAAUGUCCAUGGUAUUGACUGCUCCAAGCGCACUAGCAGUUUUAUCCAACGAGUCCGAAUCAGUUUUUUGUCAAGUAUUCUCUGGAUUUGUACCUCUUGGUUCUCUUGCGUUUACCUUGGUAAAUGACUCACAGCAGUUGGAGCUCACUGUGAAAGUUGAGAAGUUGCUUGAACAUCAAAUCUCACUUUUCACUGAUUAUAUAUCUCAGAACUUUCAUGGAUUAUGGUAGCAACAAGAGAAAUUCUUACAUGGCAUCAUAGUGUAAGCUUUUCUGUAUUCCACCAAUGGCCUGCCAUCUCCUCCAAUUCUUCCAGGUCUUUUGGUUCUUUGGGUUUAUCGUUUGAUAAAAAAUGGCUAUAUUACAUGCUUGCUGGAAUGGUGGUCUAUUUGGAGACUCAUACUGCACUUGUUUUGGUGGCCUCGAUCAUGAUAUUUUUUUUUGAGAACCCCAAGGCUUGGGAGAACAAGCAGCGCAAGCCUUUGUAAGCCAACUUGAUGUCAUGAGGACGUGCCUUAUUUAUUUUAAGGGAGAGGGAAUGUUAGGAUCCUAGUUAUUGGGUUUAUAUCUUUAUGGUAUUUUAUCUUAUCUUUGUAGUAGUUGACUUCAUCCAACGGUUCUGAGGAUAGAGAUGUGUUCCCAUCUAGGCACUGCUAGGGUUGUAUAUAAGCCUCAUUUAUCACUCCUACAGUUGGCUUCGCCAUCUCUGUCACACCCACCACGCUUUCGGUCCCAGUCUCACAGUUGGGAGCUCGGCAGGCAAUUCCAAAUUCCAACCCAAAACCAAUCUUGAUUUCCUUCCAACUUUACAAUAAAAGGCUAACAAUUUCUGUAGUCCUUGAAUUUACCAAAGGAAGCUGAUUACUGGUUAUCUCUCAGUGAAGAGUCAUAUAGCUUGGAUUAUAUAUGCACUCAGGAGUCCAUAUUCUUGAAUAAAGAAAAAAAGUCUGUUUUUUGAUUGGUGGUGUAGCCCAUCCCCAACUAACAAUCUUGGCUCUGCCAUUGGCCAACUCCAAUGGCAUUUCCUAGAACCCAAAAGUCCAAACCAGUACCCAGUUCCCCAAUCAUAUUCCUUUCCAUCUGCAUAGCUGCCAUUGCACUCCUCUUCCUCUUCUCCCCUCUCAUAUCCACUAGUGGGUUCUAUUUAUCCUCACCAAAAAUCCUAGAAAGCAUGCCUGAGGACAAGUACAAGAACCAAAACCACCAAAGUGGCCACGAGAAGUACCUCUAUUGGGCUGACAAAAUUGAUUGCCCUGGAAAGCACUGUGAGUCUUGUGCAGGAUUGGGCCACCAGGAGUCAAGCCUUAGGCGUGCUCUUGAAGAGGCCAUGUUCCUUUAGAGAACUUUUGUAAUGCCUUCGAGAAUGUGUCUCAACCCAAUGCACAAUAAGAAAGCAGUCCUUCAUCACUCUAAUGAUGGAAUUUCAGAAGAAAGGUAAGUUUGCACCUUUUAGUUGGGUUUCAAGAGAAUGCCUUUUAGCUGUGGAAUAGUUUUACUGCUAUUUGUGGCAAAAAACAUGCCAUUUCCAUGCUUAAAGUUUGCAAUCUUCUCAUAAUAAAAAAUAUUACACCUGUAAGCGUGUAGGUUCAGAUAUGUAGUUUACCUCAAUAUCCUUUUUGUAAAUACUUGUUUGGUUUAUCAGAAUGCAUAUAGCAUACAAUCUGAAGGGGCUUCAUUUCAUUUGUUAGAAGGGCAGCAAACUCUUGUUCCAUGGACUCUUUGUAUGAUAUGGAUCUCAUAUCGGGCACUAUACCAGUAAUUUUAGACAAUUCAAAAAAGUGGUAUCAGGUGGUGGAAACAAGUAUGAAGUUGGAAGCGAGAGGAGCUGCCCAUGUGGAAGGAAUUAGUCGUGUUGAUCUCAAAGAAAACAGUCGUUUCUCAAAUCUUUUAAUCAUAAACAGAACUGCAAGCCCUCUUUCAUGAUAAAAUUUUAUUUCAUUUUCCUUUUUGGUAAAAGCUUUAGAUUGGCUUCUUCAAUGGUGAUGAAGCAUUAAACCUCUAUUUUUUGUUGAAAGUGUGGAUGUCAGUUGACUUGUGGAGAUAAUAGUUGUGCAUAUUUUGGGAAGAAAGAUUAAUUCUGGUAUUUGAUUAUAACUUCUCAAUAAAGGCUCAAGAUCAAUUCAAUUUCUAUAGAUAUGUUCUCCACCUAAAAAUCAUAAUGGCCCAAAUACAGUUUUUAGGUUUGUGAUAUCCGUAGCCUCUUACAACAAUAAUAACAACAACAAAGCCAUAUCCCAAAGUGGGGUCAGUUGUAUGAAUCCUAGAACGUCAUUGCGCUCCGUUUUGUGUCGUCUUCCGUUAGCUCCAAGUACUCCAUGUCUUUUCUUAAAGUCUCUUUUCCUAGGUCUUCCUCUACCCUUUUUGCCUUGAGCUUCUGUCUCAUAAUUGCAUUUUCUAAUCGGAGCAUUUGUAGGUCUUUGGUUCCAUAGCCUUUUGUUAGCAAAUUUUUCAAAGGUGAGGCAAGGUCGUUUUGUUCCAGAAAGCGAGGCUUACUCGAGACAUGAAUUAUUUAAUUCAAAAGUUUUUAGGUAAUAUCAAUAAUAAAAAAGAGAGCGCCAAAUAGAAAAGAGAACUAGAGAGUGGUUCAGGGGAUGCAGCCUUAGGAGGCUGGUUUGUGUCUUUGGGAAGAAAUCAUGGUUUUGAAAAUUUGAUUUGGGGCUGAGUUGUGGGGGAAGAAGAAGCUGUUGGGGGAUCUAUAGGGAGUAAACAAAAACUGCAACUGUUUUACUGAAAUCCAGCAUGCAGAGUUUUGGUUUAUAAACUCAGCAUAUAAAUGAAACGGUUUGUUUCAUAAGGGAACCAAAUCACUUAAGAACAUGAUGUUAUAGAGCCUUAAUAACAGUAAUGCAAGGAAAACAAAAACGGCAUUGGUUUCACUGUCUUCUUUGCAUGGGUUUUACGUCAGCUGCCAUUGCAGACUCUGCAAGUUGCAGUGCCUCGCGCCCUGCAAUCUGCUAUACAGCACAACGCCUGAGGCGAUUUACUGAUAACUUGUUUUGACCUGCGCCUCAGAAACGCCAUUCAAAAUACUGGUUGUUACUUGAUACCUCUAGUUAUAUUAAUUUCCGAGUUUCUUGACUGAAAAACAACUGAGUUCCAAUGCUUAGAUAUGAAUAUCGGUUUCACUUGGUUGAAUGUUUUGCAAGUCUCUAUUCAAGUUUUUGAAAUAGAAUGCUGUGUAUUUCUUUUAGUUAAGAAAUAACCAAGAUAUGUCUUUAGUUGAGGUUCAUGAAUAUUAGAUUAUCAAUUUUGGUUGUUUGAGGAAUUCAUAAUGGCAGCCAUAUAGGUUUAUGGAGUGCAAGGAUCGAAAAAAUCAUAGUGCUAUAAUUUUGCCUCACUCCUUUCUCCCCUCAAUGGUGGCAAAGAAGUGAAGAAGUGCAGUUGAUAAGAUUAAAGAACUCCAAGGUGAUUAUGAUGCCAUUCAUGUUCGUCGUGGUGAUAUUUUAAAGACCAGGAUGGACAGGUUUGGCGUCAGCAUGACCCUGCAUCCUCAUACUCACCCAGAGUUUAUUCUCCGUAGAAUUGAAAAAUGGGUCCCAUCUGGACGAACUCUUUAUAUUGCUCAAAUGAGGGGACACGGGGAAUUUUUUCACCUCUUUCAGUCUGGUAAGUCCUUUUCAGGCAUGUUCAGGUUCUGUUCACCAUCUACUUUAGAGAUGAAAACCUGUGUUCAAUGUGCUUAAACGAACUAUUUGUGUCAGACUGUCAGUUAUUUCUUCUGGCUAGCUAUGGUUUAACUUAAUCCCUCAGGUACUACUGAGUUUGCUAUGAAGUCCAAGUACCAUUGGCAGAAAAUGUGUAGGGUUCAGGUUUAAUAAGUACAAUGUAUUUGGAAAGAUCUUAUGGAUUAGCUAAUACUGAAGUAGUCGAGCCAAAGAACAUUUGUAUAAGCUUUUAAAUUAUUUGAUACUGCAGUUUUGAACA